AUUCGACAAGGAGAGGCAGCGACUGGUGCAGGCGCAUCGCAGGGAGGUGAUGCGACAGCAGAGCCACGUGGCAGAGCUUGAGAGGCGCAUUCGGGAGGGCGAGGAGGAGAGGGCGCGGGUGCGAGCCGCAAUGGCUAGGAGCGUGCAGGAAGCGAGGAGGCUUGAGCGGAGCAUGGCAGCAGGCAAUGCUCCAGAGCAAGUGUGGGAGCCGAGGCACAUGGUGCAGCAGCGGCAGCAGCUGGUGGGGCAGAUGCCUGUGAAUGCAGUGGCGAGGCUGGCAGCACUGCGGCAGGACGCUCUUCUGCUCUCACACACCUUGAGAGGCCUGGAGUCCAGUGUGUGCACACACCGCAGGCAGCUCUCAGAAGCCCAGACUGUGCUGCAGGGCCUCUUGUUCCGCCCCAAGCCCCUCCCAUCUCAGGCUGCUCCGCACCAGCCCUCUCUUCCUCUGCCUCUUGCCCACUCGUGCAAGAAGCACAAGGAUAGUGCCUGA